UUAAGAAAUAAAUUUAAUACAGUUAAUAAAUUUUAAUAAAUUUAAUAACAUUUAUUCCAGUAAAAUUGUGGCUUUGUUCUCCUGGAAAAUGUUUUGACUUGUGGUACAAUGACAGCUUUUUGUCAUUUCUACUGUUUUUUUUUUCCUUUAAAUUUUCCAAGUAUGUCAACCUUCUGAUAAGUUCUGUUUAAUUCUGUUAAUUCUGUUAAUUCUGCUUAAAAUUUCUGGUAAAUUUUAAACAUUUUUUCUGCAACUUAAUUGACAACUUCAUUUAUUUUGUUUGUUUUUCCACAAUAUUACAACUUCUAAAAUAUAUUUUUUUAAUAUUUCAACUUCAUGCUACUAAAAGGAUGUUACAUUUCCUCAUAAUAUUGCAACGUUAUUUUAAAAUUAAUGAUAUGAAAGUAUUGGGUUUUUUAUUUGAUUACUUUUUACUUCUUAAUGUUUAGACCUUGUUAAUGUUAAAAUUGCUGCUGGUUUUUUUAUGUUUGCUGUUUUUUGGGGGAAUUUUGUAGUUAAAUUAUAUUUUUUGAACGUGCAGGGGGUCAUUAAUGACUCCCGGGGCCACACUUCCACACUUUAUCCCAGGGUAAGAGCCUGCUAAAGUUAGGAUUCUUCCAUCUUUUUUCAGACUUUACAAAUUGCUUUCAACACAAAAUGGAUAGAGAAGCGUAAAAUGUUACACUCAUGUCCUACCUUGUUUGGCAUUGGCUUUUACACACAGCCGCCAUCCCACCGCUGUUACACCUCCAAAAUCGUCACACUGGACCUGGAAAAUGAUGUGGUGUUAGCAGACAAUAGCCCCUUUCACUGUGCCGAUAAAAGCAGUCUUUUUUUGUGUGUUAUAGAUGGGUAUAAACUGCACAGACUAGGAGAAAUGGAGUCGUAACUGGUGCCGACACCUUCUCUGUGUAAGGGUGUUUUUAGGGAAACACCUGAGACUCACCUCUCAUUUUUGGGAAUGGAAAGCUGGGAACUGUGGGGAUGAAAUAAACCUAAAAAUGUUCCACUUUCAGAGGUACGGUUUGGUAUCCGAGCCCCUUCCUUUCAUGCUUUCUUCCUUUUCAGUCACAGCAAUAUUCUGCUUUGCUGGCUUCUGUGUGAAAAGCACAGGUCAAGGCUCUCAUGGUUAUUUUGCGAAGUUUCUGUGAAAGAAGCCAUAAUAAAAGUAAUGAAUGGCCUGUUUCUCCAUCAAAAACUAUGACAUCCUGUGCCUCAAGUCAUAUUUUUUUUUUUUUUUGGUAGUGGUUGACUUUCUUUUUCCUCUCACACAGACAUCUGUUCCGGGAAUCAUGGUGCAUUCAGGUAAGAAAGGAAGGAGUGCCAGUUAAGCGGUGAACAUGUGUCUUCAGUAUGUAAUUCAACAUUGUCUAUAACCAUUUGGAUAUGCAUUAUUUAUUUUUUAUCUUAAAAUAUGUUCUGUAUUUCUUACCAUUGGUUUUCCUCUUUGUGGUAUGUGGUUGCAACGCGAACAGGAAAUGGAUUCACCUGCAGUUGUGACUUGUGACUUUGGACUUUCCCAGUCAGGAAAGGAAAAACCCAGGCGACAGCAUUCCUGCAAACAAGCCAGGUUCAUAAGAGUUUAUGUUACGUGUUGUUUAAAAUAUGUGGUCGACUUAUCAAGACAUCUGAAAGAGUAGGGAGAAAAAGUCGAUACAAAAUCAUAAAUUCAUAAGAAUCAUGACUCAGUAUAAUUUAAGUUUAGGAUUUCUAAACGGACGAGUGGUUAGUGCGCAAACCUCACAGCUAGGAGACCCGGGUUCAAUUCCACCAUUUGCAUGUUCUCCCCGUGCAUGCGUGGGUUUUCUCCGGGUACUCCGGUUUCCUCCCACAUUCCAAAAACAUGCUAGGUUAAUCGGUGACUCCAAAUUGUCCAUAGGUAUGAAUGUGAGUGUGAAUGGUUGUUUGUCUAUAUGUGCCCUGUGAUUGGCUGGCCACCAGUCCAGGGUGUACCCCGCCUCUCGCCCGAAGACAGCUGGGAUAGGCUCCAGCAUUCAAAAUGAAUGAAUGAAUGAAUGAAGAUUCUGGCUUUCAAAAAGCAAUAUUUCUAAACGUGUUAUUAGUACAGUAUAACCGCAGUGCUGCAGUUUUAUUGUAUUUGGUCAGCUGACGACAUAUGACUGUGUUUUAUCAAACUGGGUGAAAAGAGCUCUCAUCAUCUAAGUGCUAAUUAUCAACAUACAGUAUAAUCAUCACCAUGAGCUUCCCCCCUGUGUUAUGAUGUGCUGAUGCUAGUCUCCAGAGCUCGGGGUGAAACACCGUUUAGAUACCUUGGGUCUGAUUUAGUCUUUCCCAGCACCUUCCUUAAUCUCAUCCCCUCUUUUUAAUAUCACUCUCAGUAGACUCCAUUAGCGCCGCACUUCUUUCACGGUGUUAAUUUGUUUUGUCAAAAGCUUUGUUUAUCCCAGAUUAAUAUCGUAAUAAACAGAGGCUGCACGUAUUGCGCUAAAUGAUGAUUAUUAUACAGGAGGAAGGCCGAGGCUCACGCCGGCGGACCGGGGUUUUACCCUCCUCCGUCUUUCUCAGCUCUCACAAAACCUCUGAUUACACUGUAGGUGCUAAUUUGUACUCCUUUUUUAUUGUAUUGUUUAUCCAAGCUUGCAGGUUAUUGUCGGCAUGAGGGAAUGAGGUGAGUCCUUGUUUGUCUGAAAUGACAAUGUUGGUAAUUUACAGUCCCCGAGUUAGCGCUUGCAUAGAAAUCAUAAGACAAUAACUGUAACAGAGGUUUUCUAUACAUAUGCCAAAAAUACAUUCAAUUAGCUCAUAAUAAAAAAAAUAAUGGAAACAGGUAUGUAAUGAAUCAUUGACAGUGUGCAUGUUAGGAGCCUCAUGGUUCACACUGGAAGUGACUAGACUAAUAACCAUGUUUUAUUCAUGAGCAGGCCUUUGCAGGUUGCAGCAGUGUUGUGCAAUGCAUCUGUGAAGCUGAGGACACUGAUUCAUUUGCAGCCUUGGUGUUAAAGUGUUAAGUGUGAUGGAGUCAUCAGACUGGCUGUGACGGCACCAAGUGGAGUGGAAAACAAGUAAGUAAGUAAGUGCAAGUUUUGUUCAUGUGUACGCUUACCAUGGACACUAAAUGAAUAGGACUGUGAACACAGCCGCAAAUGAAUGGGACACAGUGCAGCGCCAUGGAGCAUUGAGUCCGCCAUGAUGGUAAGCAAGAGAAGCGGGCAAUGUAUUCAUUUGAGUAUAACAAAAAGUUAUGUGCCUUGCGUACACUUUGAUUAAAUUAAUGAAUGUUAUUUGCUGAAUACAAUUAAUAUAAUGUAUGUGUGUGGAAAAAUCAAAUACUGCAGAAUAUGACCUACAUAUAGAUGACACUCGUCGUACAAAAUAAAAAUUAGCUGGAAUUAUUUAAAUUAUUAUUAUAAUUAUUUAUGCACAUACAAUAUAUUUAUUGUGCAUUGUACACUACGGCCUAAAUCAUCAUUGACUUAUCGUUAAUUCAACUAAUCACCCAGAGAUACACAUUAGCUUAAAGCUAUAUUGUGUGAUACAACACUUGGCUAGUGUCCUGUUAAUUUACAACGGCCUGUGCUGUAAAUCCACAGCAUUUGUAUGACUUAUACCUGCCCUUAAAAUUACAAAUUUGUUUUUUAUAACAGUCUAUUAGAGCAAUUAAUCGUUGGGCAGUGUGCCGAGGCUCACCAUCAUACAACGGAAGGAGCCCUAUUCAUUUCUAUGACGCGUAAUGAAUUACUUUCAUAUCGAUAUAAAUAGGUCAGAAUCACUUUAAGUGACAGUAGUAGCUAUGGUGCAUUGUAUUUUUGUAUUGUAAAAGUUUAAUGGCACCAAAAAUGUUUUUUCAAGUCAAAAACGGGUGGUAAAGACUGUACUGAGGACCAAGCUCACCACUGAGACUACAAGUCCCACAGUGCACCACGAUAAAAAUGUCACGUGGCUCCUCCAUGGCGUCUUUAUUAGCAACAUAGUCAUUGCUAGCGCCAUGUAAACGCAUUUUAACAGGUUUUAUCAACAUAGUACGUACAAAUUCUUCCAUCUAUCCUGUUGAGGGAAGCUGAAGUCUAUCCCAUCUGAUCGUCCGUAACUUGUCCAGGUCGCAGGGGCAGCAGUCUCAGUAGCGAAGCCCAGACUUCCCCGGACCCCGACCACCUUCUCCAGCUCCACUGGGAGGACACCAAGGCGUUCCCAGGCCAGCUGUGGAGACAUAAUCCCUCCAGCGUGUCCUAGGUCUGCCCCGGGACCUUUUCCCGGCUGGGCAUGCCCGGAAGACCUCACCAGGGAGGUGUCCAGGAGGCAUCCGGACUAGAUGCCCGAGCCAGACUCCUCUCGAUGAAGCGGCUCUACUCUGAGCCCCUCCCAGAUGACUGAGCUCCUCACCCUAUCUCUUAAGCGUGUGAAUGCUGAGAGACCAGCCAUCGCACAGAUUCGUAUAACCGAACAACACAGAUGGUAAAGGAGAAGUUGACUGGAAUAUCACUUUGACCCCCACAAAGAGAUCACGAAGUCAGCCGAGACGUUCAGCUCGAAACAUUAUGGCACCUUUGUCUUAUCAGAGUCUGCCCGAAGUGCCGCUGUUUGACUCCACUAUGCCAGCGCCCACCCAGCAGGCCCUGAUCUACAUCCUCCUGCUGUGGACCACCAUCCUCUCCAUCAUCCAGGGGGUGUGCAUGGUCUUCUUCUUCACAGCAGCAGCACGUAACUUCCCGCUCCAGAAGUCGAUCACUGAAGUGUCCCAUGACCCACAUGAGACGUUCAAGAGUAGCAAUUCACAGUCUCCAAAUGAAGCACGUCAUCAUCAAUGGGGCAAAGGAAAAAUGCUCACAUAUACCGCUGUUGGAGGCACCAAAGCAAUUAAAUGGAUGGCAAAGCACCCGGACGCAAACUUGAUCUCAGAGUCGGGCUCUGCUCUGACCAUCAUGAAGGACGGCUAUUACUUCUUGAGUCUGCAGGUGACGUUGUCCUUGUUCCAAGAGACAACGUGGUCCAAAACGGUGACCCUUUGGCGCAAAAGCAACAGCGGCGUCAAAGUCCUCCUGCAGGGUACCAUUAACCCCUACACGUACACCACAGGCCUCCUGGGCAAGGUGGAGGGGCUGUUUGCAGGAGGAAGACUAGAGGUCACCAUCAGCCCUGCAAGCGGGAAUAUCAAUGGCACGGAAUGGCUGACUCACCUGGACGUCAUCUACUUGGCCAAGCCUGACUUCUAGGCCUGGAGUUACGUAACAUUGAGGUACACUCGCAGUACAUUUAUUUCUUACAUGAAAAUACUACUAAUAGCUAUAAUACAUCACCACUACAACUUCCUGUUGGGAAUAAUUUAUGAUGUGUGUGAUGGAAGAAAAAACAUACAGUACUUUUUUUUGCUUGAUAUUUUAUUUUUAAUUUAAAGGCAGAAUGUUUUAUUUGGAAUAGCAAACAUGAUUUAUUUCAUAUACUAUUUAUUUAUUGAUGUUGCUAAUGUUAUAUUUCACAUACAGUAAAUGCAGUCUAAUGUGUUUAUAUGUACAAAUAGAUAGGCAGGUAAUUUGAUAUUUCAUACAUUUAAAUAC